AUGCUCUGGAAACUACGCUCCUCCGAGUCCCUCACAGUGAUGCUCGAAGACAUGUCUGAUUUGCUCAAAUUAGAGUACAAGAAUACGUUUAUGUUGCAUUAUGAGCAUUGGGGAUCUAUUCUCGCGGAGAAUCGCGCCGAUAUGAAGCGUGUUCUCGAUGCCAAAAGGGCGAGUAUCGAUCCGUUGCUUAUGCGCAACGCACAGAUCAUUGGAUGCCAGGUCGCAAAGUAUGGCACUUCGUCCAGGAGCCUUGGUGUCGUGAUCAUAUUCGACUAUGACAAAAUCAUUGCGCUCGAUUUCAAACCCGGGAGGCAUAGUACUGUGUACGAUAAUAAGGAAAAUCCGGUCAAAUUCUUAUUCUGUGAUGAGAAGGGAACUUUCUGGACCUUUCGAAAGCUGCUGUUGGCGGUUUUUAUUUAUUGUUGCCGGAAAGAGGGCAUCAUCGGGCCGAAGGGUAAGCCAAGCCAGACUUUCUCUGUCUUUCCAUGA